UCAAAGCAUCUCUCUUUUAUUUUAUUUUUCAAAUCUUCACCGUUGAUUUCUCUCGCUGAUUUCCCGGGAAAUCUCCACCGUUGAUCUUCUGAAAGUUUAUCGUCUUUCUGACCUCUGAACAUAAGGGGGAAAUACAGCGAAGAAGCUCUCGUGUGUUUCGCUUCUUGUCUGAAAUGAAUUUCCCCUUUCAUUGACAAACGCUGAACAUGUUCGAGGGUUACUCAUCUCUGUCUCUGUCCUGUGACAAGAUUCCCCAAACCAGCAUGUUCAUCAGAUUUUGUUCCCUGUAGUGCGGAAAUAACCCAGCAACUAUGAGGAAGUUCAGAGGCUUCAGAAUCAGAAGACGGUUUCUCCGGAUCUCCAGAUCGAUACUCCGAAAGACCCGGAUCCGCCUAUCCGGGUACAACCGGUUAUGUCCGACCCGACCCCAUUCUAAGCCGAGGCCCAUCGCCAAGCUCAUAAGCUGGGGACGCCGUCUCAGGGACAUAGCCAGAUUGAUCGGGUCAAGGAGGAUAGGAUCCGGAUACAUACCCAUGGGUCAGGAUCCGAUUAGGACAAACCCCGACCCGGUUCCCAAGGGUCACAUGGCGGUCUACGUCGGUCAAAAAGACGGCGACUUUCACAGAGUUUUGGUGCCCGUCGUUUACUUCAACCAUCCUCUGUUCGGUGAGCUUCUUAGAGAGGCGGAGGCAGAGUACGGAUUCUGCCACCAAGGCGGAAUCACGAUCCCUUGUCCGUAUUCGGACUUCGAGCGGGUCAAGACCCGGAUCGCAUCCGGGUCGGGUUCUCGGAUGCUGUCCUGGAGCCGCCGCAACAUCCACCAUUGAUGAUGAUGAUGAUGAUGAUGAAAAUGCGAUUAGAGUAUGCGUAGAAUAUUUUCUACGAUCCCUUUUUUUCUUUUUGUUUUUUGGUCGUUACUUUGGUUUUUUUUUUUUAAUCCUUCGGUUAGGUAUAAAACGUGAUUGUGAAUGUUGCAGCGAUUAAGACGGUAAUGUAAAUAAAUAGUGUAGAGAUGAUUUUCUCCCAUUGA